GGUUUGUAAAGUAAACAAAAAAACAAAACAUCAGUCGUCAUCAAGAAGUAUAAAUUUUAUACUUCUUGGUCGUCAUACACGUGCGAUGCGUCCCGAGUUGUGCCGUCUUUGCGAGCGGCCAGCGGCCGACGGCGGCCAUUGGGCGACAGAGUUGGACUUGGACAAGCUGACCAAGUGGUGUUUGCUCAACUUGGGCACAACUUUGACCGGCGGAGUGAAGGACGACGACCUCUUUUGCUGUUUCUGCGUUUGGGACGCAAAAUUUCAAUUUGAGAAUGAAGCUCUAAAUUCAAAUGGAAAUAAUGAUCUUCAAUGGUGGCCUUCUGUUGAUCCAGGAAACAAUAAGAUUCUGUUUGAAGCAUACUCGAAGGGUCUCGUGCAACAGAGUUGGGUGUCAUUGGAGAAGAUAAAACUUAACAAUCCAGAGAAGGAAGAGUCGGAUUUGAAAGAAGAAAACCCCGGACAAAAAUGUGUAUACUGCAGGAAAACUUUUAAAUCCUUAUUUUAUCAUAUAAAAAGAAAGCAUGCGGAUAUUGCGAUUAGAUGCAACUACAAUAAAUGUUGUUCCACUUACUUCAAAAGCUUCAAGCUUAGAGAUGCCCACAUUAAAGAAGUUCACAUGAAACCAAAAGUAAAAAGAAUCAUGGACUGCAUUUACUGCCCGAAAAAGAACUUAAAACUGCGAUUAUUAUACACACACAUAAAAGAAAAUCAUUCCGAAAUUGCUAUUAGGUGUAAAGUUCCGUAUUGUGUAUCAUAUUUUUUAUCAAAGGCUGAAUUGGAAGUUCACACGAAGGAAAAGCACAGAAAUUUAGAAAAACGCCUUAUUUUUAAAUGUUCAGAGUGUGCGUUCAAAGCUCCAUGUGGCAUCAAUUUGUCUAAUCAUUUGGCAACUGUGCACCAAAUAGGGGUAAAAUUAAUUCAGUGUGAAAAGUGCCCAGCCACUUUUGUAAGCGAUCUUGGCUACAAAAGACAUGCUCAUACAAGACAUAACUUUAAAAAAUGUCUUCAUUGCAAUACAGAAAUUUUAAUGCUGUCUUUUUCUCAACAUACCACUGCCGUUAAGUGCUUAAAAUGUAACGCUGAAUUUAAUUGUCGAGGUUUGUUGAAUGUGCACAAACUUCAAUUUGCUUGCUGCAAAACCAAAGAAUUUUCUCACAAGUCGGAAGUUGUGCUGAAAAAAAUGUUUAGUUAUGUAGAUGACCAAAGCCAAAAGAAACUUCAGUGCAAUAUGUGCCUUCGCACCUUUGUGACCCGCAGUGGUUUUGACUACCAUUUUCUUACAGCUCACAUUAAAAGUGAGCACCGAUCACUACAAAUAUUUAAAUGUGCUCACUGUGAUGCGGUGUAUACGCAUAAAUCAAACAUUAGAAACCACCUGGCAACGAAGCAUAAUUUGAUUGAUGGGAGGUAUCAUUGCCAAAAUUGUAAAAUGAGUUUUUUCCUCCAGAAAAACUUAAAGGAGCACAACCUCAAAACACAAUUCAACUGCAAAAAUGAAAUCGAAUGUGCUACUUGUAAAAAAUUUAUUAAUAGAGAUUUGUUGUCAAAGCAUGUCUUUUUGGAGCACGGCCUAGCGCAGUGAAAUUUGAAUCAAUCAAGAUCUUAAUUAUAUAAAUCAUUUAAAUGUAAAUAACAUGAUAUGUUUGAUGGCUCUAGCGGCCGGUACGCUCUCUUUCGAAGGAGAGGGUCCUGUGCUUUAGCAAGUUGUUUGCCAACGAAAAGCCAUUUCUCCAUUCACCCUUCACCCCUAACAGUAUGUCUCUUUUAAAAUGUAUUUUCAGCUUUUUCUGUACUUUUUCUGUAUAGUUUUUUAUGCUGUAUUCAUGACAUGACUGUAUCGAAUGGAGAAUAAAAAAAAAAAUCAUAACAAAUAUCAGUCAAAGUAGAAAUCCUUGUGCAUUAUUUUUUAUCCUUCUCUAAGCACCAGCAUUUUUUCUCAACUUACAAUUAGCAUACAAAUCGCCUUAUUAAAUUUAAAAAAAAAUCUAAUUGGCAACUUCAGACCUGGGAGAAUAGACUCAUUUUCUUUGAGAAGAAACUACUAUGUAAUCUUAUAAAAUUAAAUAAAUUUAAUGAUUUAUUUGUGUUAAAACACGGAUAAUUUAACAAGAAAAAAAGAAUAUUGUGACAAAGACUUAAUAAAAAAAUUGCAUUCUGAACCGCUGACAAAGCUGUAAUUUUGUAAUAUAAAAUAUAUUUAUGAAAAUAAAUUUAAGUGAAAACUAAAAACCUUAAUUUCUACAUUAUAAGAAACGGUCUUGUUUUCUUAUUUACAAAAAUUUAUUUUGAUGAAAUACCAAUUAUCCUAAAAAAAGGUUAAACAGUUUGAUCCAUUAAAAUUAGUUAAAUUAAUUUGUUGCGGCAGUCACUAGAUGAAGAUCCUGCCAGUAAUUCAAGAAUUAUUGCGCUUCUUAAAAACUGCUGCUAAA